AUGAAAAAAUGCGCUUCAACCGAUUUGGCGACAAAGCUAAAUAUAACCUUAAAUAUUGAAUCGUCGACAUCAAAUGAUGCCAGACAACUCAAAAUUGCUAUUCCAUCUCAAAUGAAUAAGAUAUCUUCUGAUAUAUCAUCACUGAAGACUGGAAUUCAGCUAGAACAGUGUUUACCCCCUCAAAAGAGAGCCAUGCUUUCAGCUGGAUUUUAUUAUAUAGACAAUGGAGAUACUGUUAGGUGUGAUACAUGUGAACUUGAAGUAUGCGGAUGGACACUGGAAAUGAAGCCAUUUACUAUUCAUGCGCAACGCAGUCCGACAUGCGCCUUUGUUCGUUCUAUUCUUCCCGAUCAAAUUAUAUCUGUACCACCGACGAUGAAUCUACUUUCUAUUACUCCAGUAUCAACCGAUAAUGAAAAACCAUCUAAACGUCAGAAAACAGACGAAACGCAAGAAAUUUAUGAACCAUGUCGACUUAUCGAAAUUGACACACUAAAACGAAUACGAAAACGUACUUUUUCACAUUGGCCCCAUCGAACAUCACCUUCAUCUGCACAAAUGAUCGAAGCUGGAUUCUUCAAUUGUAAUGUUGGUGAUCGGGUCAUUUGUUUGUAUUGCAAUAUUAUUUUUCAACAAUGGACAUCACAUACAGAGGAUCCAUGUGAAAUACACAAAAUACUCUCUCCAAAAUGUCCAUAUGUUAUUGCAAUGUUAAAACAUCAACAAACAGCAUCCAUUCUAAUUAUCAAUGAAUUUUCAAACAAUGGUCAUGCAUUAGUAUCGAACAGCACUGAUCUAUUUCGAUGCAAUGAAAUUGUAUACACUGCUGCAUGUCAUACAAAUUAUAUUGAAAUUCCUAGACGUCAUGCGUCUUUUGCUACAUGGUCAAAUGACAAUAUGCCAUCUGUUGAUGAUCUUGUCAGAGCUGGCUUCUUUUAUACUGGCACUAAAACUAUUGUGACAUGCUUUUAUUGUAAUGGAUCAUUGCAAAACUGGGGAGCAAAUGAUAAUCCAAUGAUUGAACAUGCUCGUUGGUUUCCACAAUGUGCAUAUGCUAAACAGUUAUGUGGUCCAGAUUUGUAUCGAAAAAUACAAGAAUCGAAAAAAAUUCAACAGGAACGAGCUAAGAUCAAGGAACCGAACCAACAACUUGAAAUAGCUGGAAAUAGCACGAAUAGAGGAUCACUGAACAUAUCAGAUGAGAAUACUUUGUCAAGAUUUGUUGCUGCUCGACUUGAUUUAUUUAUUUCACAAUAUUUACUCAAUCGAAACUUCAAACUAUCCAUCGUUAAACGUUGCUUCGAAGAUCAACUGCGAAUAAAACACGAUGACUUCAUUGAUGAUUGUGAUCUUCUAGUAGCAUGUAUAAUUCUUCAAAAACAAAUCGAACAUAUUGAUGGAAAAAAAGAAAAUAUUAUAAUACCCAGUGUAGCCAUGGACAAGAUUCGUAAAACAGAACAAGCAGCAAUACAUGCUCGUGAACAAGCUGCUAAUUCAUCAACACUGAUGGAUACUACAACCAACACUGAUGUUGAAAUGCCAACAUCAUCGGAAUCUAUGAGAAGUGAAAUACAUGCACCAGUAUCAACAGUUACUGAUCAACAAACGAAAAAUCUAGAAUCGUCUACUGUAGAUCCUGCUUCGCAAAAUCAAACAGACGAUUCAUUAUCAUCGAAUCGUUGCGUUUUAUGUUUAACGGAAGAAAAGCGUCUCGCUUGCAUUCCUUGUGGUCAUCUGACCACUUGCGUCGCUUGUGGACACUCGCUUCGCUUGUGUCCUAUAUGUCGUCGGGAAAUUGAAGCAUUUGUUCGCAUAUACCUUUAG